UGGGAGGGGUUACACAUUCCUUGUACUUUUAGGUGUAAAUUAGUAAUAGUGCCACACUUCAACUAUAGACUUCCAGAAACUGCAGUGCUCGUGGAGUCGCAAUGGAUACAGCCGGGAAAGUUAUUACAUGCAAAGCCGCAGUCUUGUGGGAGCCACAUCAACCACUGAAGAUUGAAGAGAUUGAAGUUGCCCCACCAAAAGCCCAUGAAGUCCGAAUUAAGAUAGUUGCUGCUGGAAUAUGUCGAUCUGAUGACCAUAUCAUUGAAGGACUGAUAAAGGACAGCAAGUAUCCAGUCAUUUUAGGUCAUGAAGGAGCCGGUAUAGUAGAAAGUGUUGGGGAUGGAGUAACUUCUGUAAAGCCUGGAGACAAAGUGAUACCAUUGUUUCUUGCUUAUUGUGGAGAAUGCAGAGGCUGUACUGAACCUAAGAGUAACUUAUGUUACAAUUCUGACAUUGUCAAGCGUACUGGAUUAAUGUCAGAUAAAACCAGCAGAUUUAGCUGCAAGGGGAAAUUGAUUCAUCAUUUCCUGGACACCAGCACAUUCGCUGAAUACACUGUGGUGGAUGAAAUAUCAGUGGCCAAGAUACACGACGAUGCACCCCUAGAUAAAGUAUGUGUGAUCGGAUGUGGCUUUUCCACUGGAUACGGAUCAGCUGUUAAUUUGGCUAAGGUGGAACCCGGCACUACAUGUGCAGUGUUUGGUUUAGGUGGCAUCGGCCUCUCAGUGAUUGUAGGAUGUAAAGUAGCAGGAGCUUCCAGAAUUAUUGCAAUUGAUGUAAACAGCAAAAAAUUUGAAAAAGCCAUGGAAUGUGGAGCCACUGAAUGUAUCAACCCAAAGGAUUAUGAAAAUCCCAUCCAUGAGGUCAUACAGAAGAUGACAAAUGGUGGAGUCCAUUACUCUUUUGAAUGUAUUGGAAACACUGAUAUCAUGGUUUCUGCACUACUCUCCAGCCAUAUGUGUUGUGGCACUGCUGUUAUAGUUGGAGUGGCUCCUUCACUUUCAACACUCUCAUUUGCACCAAGAUUGCUUCUCACAGGACGAACCUUAAAAUCAGCAUUUUUUGGAGGCUUAAAAAGUAAGGAAUCUGUUCCUCAACUAGUAACAGAUCUGAUUGAUGAAAAGUUCAAACUGGAUUCUUUGCUAUCUCACAAAUUGUCAUUCAAAGAAAUAAAUAAAGGUUUUGAAAUGUUACGUAAAGGUGAAAGCAUACGUACAGUACUUGAAUUCUGAAACCAUGCAGUGUUCAGCAGAAAGGCCCGCUGAUGAUCCAAGGAGAAAGCGUUGACUUCUAAGAUGUCUUUGAUUUGCUUUAUAAUAUUGUAUUCAUUCUUACUUGACAUCAUAAGAGUAACUGGAUCCUGCUCGGUGAAGACAUGCUAAUCUUUUCAUUGUUCAUUAGAGCUAUAGUACACAACACACAUGUAUAAAAGUUUUGGAGUUAAUCCGUAUUUGUAAAUAGAACACAUGUGAUAAGCAUUUGAUGAAUGUGUGGGGCCAGUUUUAGACAUAGUGUAGAUUUGGGAAAACCAAUAAUGGA